CUCAAUUCUGGUCUUCGACUUCGUCCAGCGAUCCUCGCCGCAUUGCUACACGAUAUCGGUCAAUUCCUGCCAGAACAAACGGCAGAGGCGAUGAUGACCGAACACGGAUCCGUGGGGCGCCAGGGACAUGAGCGAUUGGGCGCAACGUAUCUCGCCGAGCUUGGCUUCUCUCAGAAGGUCUGUGAAUUGGUCGGAGCGCACGUGAUAGCAAAGCGAUACCUCACCGCGAUCGACAAGUCCUAUUACGAAUCUCUCAGCGAGGCGAGCAAGAUAAGUCUGCGUUUUCAGGGAGGACCAUUUACGAGCGCAGAGAUUGAAGACUUCGAACGCGAUGGGCAUUUCCGGGAUAAAGUCGCAUUGCGUGGAUGGGAUGAUCAAGCAAAGGUUGUUGACCUUGCGGUACCAGAGCUAGAUGCUUACCGCUCCAUGGUCCUUCGGCAUCUUCGUCUGCAAUCUUCCCCGAUGUUCGCUCAAGACCGAAAGUGACGAAUAAACGAAGGAUAUACGGCAUCAAACCCGAAAUCCGGCCGCUUGUAUACAUCGCUGGUAAUAUUGCAGGGCUCAGGAAUCUAGCGGGGCCGAGGCGGACCGAACUGAUGCGUUAGAUAC